AUCAAUCCCAUCUAUAUGUGUCUUGAUUAAUCCAUUCAAGCAUUAGUUUUUUUUGGAAAGAUUUAUAAAAUUUGGGUUUGCAUUUAUAUUACCAAGAUUAUUUUUUUUUUAUUUUUUAUCUGACUGAUUGGUUGGUUGAUGGGAGUUAGUAAUUUCAUUCACAUUUUCUCUCUCCUCCAUCCUCCUCUCCACUCUCAGUCACAGACUCACAGCCACCAGUUGACAAAAUUCAUUGCAAUCCCACAAAAUAAAAAAUAUAGGGAUUAAUCCAAUACUGUGCUGUAGUCUUUUUUGCUCUUUCCCUACUGUUGAUCAAUUAACGUGCUUACUAGUACUAUAUAAUAUAAAGUAUAAUAAUAUACACUUCAUUUUCUAUUUUUCCAAACCAACUACAGUUCAUUCUAUGAGCAAAUCUCAUCAUCUAUAGCACCUUUCUCAAAAGUUCUGGAUACCCAGAACUUAUUUUUCUGGGUCAUCAUUCAAUUUAUUUUUUCAAAUUUGAUUAAAAUCAUGAAAAAUACCAAAUUUGGUUGUUUUUUCUUGGUUUUUCUGGGUAUUUUUUCUGCUACAUUUGCAAAUCAAGAGAAAGAUAGAAUAACAUGGUUACCAGGCCAACCAGAAAAUGUGAAUUUUGCUCAAUAUUCUGGUUAUGUAACAGUAGAUAAAUCAGCUGGUAAAGCAUUGUUUUAUUGGUUAACUGAAUCACCUUCAAAUCCAGAGUCAAAACCAUUGUUAUUAUGGCUUAAUGGCGGUCCUGGUUGUUCAUCAGUUGCUUAUGGUGCUGCAGAAGAGAUUGGUCCAUUUCAUAUUAAAAAUGAUGGAAAAAGUCUUUACUUGAAUAAAUAUUCAUGGAAUAAGGAGGCAAAUUUGCUAUUUCUUGAGUCUCCUGUUGGUGUUGGGUUCUCAUACUCAAAUAGAUCAUCUGAUUUGUAUGCUCUUGGUGAUAGCAGGACAGCUAAAGAUGCCUAUAAAUUUCUUGUUAAAUGGUUCAAUAGGUUUCCCCAGUACAAGCACAGAGAAUUCUACAUUGCUGGGGAAAGUUAUGCAGGGCAUUAUGUUCCUCAAUUGUCUCAACUUAUUUACAGAAGAAACAAAGGAAUUGCACAACCAGAAAUAAACUUCAAGGGAUUUAUGGUGGGAAAUGCAGUUACAGAUGAUUAUUAUGAUUACAUUGGUACAUUUGAGUACUGGUGGACACAUGGUUUAAUUUCAGAUUCCACCUACAAGAGCCUUAAAACAGCUUGUUUGGCUGGAUCAUCUCAGCAUCCUAGUAUUGUAUGCAACAGAGCUCUGGAAAUGGCUGAUUCUGAGUUCGGAAACAUCGAUCCAUACAGUAUCUAUACCCGUCCUUGCAACUCGACUGCCUCGAUGAAGCGCAGUCUAAGGGGCCGUUAUCCUUGGAUGACGAGAGCAUACGAUCCAUGCACCGAGAGGUACUCGAACCAGUACUUCAAUCUUCCUGAAGUUCAACUCGCUAUGCAUGCUAAUGUGACCAAAUUGUCUUAUCCAUGGAGCACUUGCAGUGACAUAGUUGGAACUUACUGGUCUGACUCUCCACAAUCGAUGCUUCCAAUUUAUCGAGAACUCAUAGCAGGAGGCUUGAAAAUAUGGGUAUUCAGCGGCGACACUGAUGCUGUAGUGCCUAUUACAGCAACUCGAUAUUCUAUUGAUGCACUGAGACUCCCUACUGUGAACAAUUGGUCCCCUUGGUAUGACAAUGGAAGGGUUGGUGGAUGGAGCCAAGAAUACAAGGGUCUAACAUAUGUGACAAUAACAGGAGCAGGACAUGAAGUACCUCUUCAUAGACCUCGACAAGCUUUUAUACUUUUCAAUCAUUUCUUAAAGGACAGAUCUAUGCCAAGCCGAAGCUAAUAAAAUUCAUGAUUAUCAAAUUUUUAUAGUAAAAGAUUAUUAUAGGAUUUGCUUAAUGAUUAUUUAUUGGAGCAAUGGAAAACAGAAAGAAUUAAAAUAGCAGAAAAUUUAUCAGUGACAUAUAAAUUCCCCUGGAAUCCCCCCUUUCUUACCCCUAUUCUUGCCUGAUAUCAGGAUAAGUUUUAGAUCAUAGGUUUUUUUUAUCCCAUUUUUAUUUGGAAAUCAAUUUUUAUUAAUUUUUUCUUUGAAGCAAAUGUAUCAUAUAUAUUAUUUUUUCUUGUAUUACUGACUGAUAUUUGUAUGAAAAUCUCAUUUACAGCAAAAUGGCAGAACUUGCUUGCUUAUACUUUUUGUUUUGAUUUCCUUUUGGAUGGUAAUGUUGUAAUCAUAUUGGCGUUACGC